AGCCAUGGCUCUAGAUAUGUGACAGUGACAUGUUUGUAACUGAGAAUUGCAAUGAGUAUGGCUAAUAUCACUACUGGAUGGUUGAAGAAAGAAACACAUGGUACUUUAAGGAGGUAUGAGAGAAGAUGGGUGGUGGUAUCUGGCAACAGUUUGUCCUAUUUCAAGAAGGAUGAUAAUAGUAAUCCAUCGUUAGGCAUCAUUGAUCUACCUGGUAAGAAGAUAGUACAGAAUCCGGACACGGACCACGGCUUCAAGUUUGAGCUAACGGACAAGGAGAGCUCUUACAAUUUUAGCUGUGAAACCAAAACAGAACGUGAGAAAUGGGUGGAUGCCAUAUCAUGUAUCAGUUACGGCCCGUUUGGAGGUGGGAUGUUUGGUUCUUCAAUUGAGGUGACUGUAAAAAGAGAAAAGCUCCACGGAGGAAGAAACGUUCCUAAAAUCAUAUCCCAGUGUAUCGGGUAUCUUGAUAACAGUUUCAGGCUGAAGGAGAAUGGAAUAUUCAGGUUGCCAGGAAACGAGAAGACCGUAAAGCAGCUUAAGAUGGAAUUCCAAGAAGGAAUGGAGCCGAACCUAGAAGCAAAGGGAGAUACGCACACUAUUGGCAGUUUACUGAAACUGUAUCUCCGGAGUUUGCCUGAUUCAGUGAUACCCAGCUCGCUGUAUGAGGAUUUUGUGGCUAUAAUUCUUACCUACGAGCUGAACCAGCAAGAAGGGUUGAACGAGUUACGGUACCUGAUCAACAGAAUACCUUGCUCAGCCUACAACUGUAUCAGGAGACUUUGUGAGUUCCUGUUCAAAGUGCAGACUUACUCAGACUCCAACAGGAUGGACCUCAACAACUUAGCCAUAGUAUUUUCACCCACAAUCCUCAAAAACAACAGUGGCAACCUUGAUCUAGAGAUGAGAGAUAUACAGAAACUUAAAAAAGUCACAGAGAUGAUGAUAUUGAACCACGAGACACUGUUUCCUGCUGACAAGGAGGAAGAAGAUCAAGAAGAUUUAGAUUUAGAAAAUAUUGACCCGGACGAGCUUAAGAAUUUAUUCACGGUAAAAAUGAUAAAAUACCAAGUACAAUCACGGGAGAUUCUCACAAAAGAUAAGGAGAUUGCAGCGCUGCGUGCGCAGCUGGCGCAAUCUCAGCAAACUGUGGAACAUCAGGAGCACACUAUUAUAGAACAGCAGAACAAGCUGGAUCAUCUAGGAGGCUGUGUUCAACGACUAGAGAAUCAAGUUACAAAUUACAAAGCUACCUUGAGUAAUUUCCGCGCGCAGGAAAGUUGUAGCCCUCGAGCAUCCUUGCCAUCGUCACCACUACCACCUCCGCGCAGUUCCAACACCGUGUUGACGGGUGCUAAUAAAAAUGUAGAGUUGUUAACUUCACCCCAACUAAGGAGGAGGACUCAGCCUGUUGCUAAAGAUAGACCAGCCGUUAAACCUCGGCCCGGCACUAUUUGUGGGCCUUGAAUUUUUACGUGUUUUUAUUUCUUUCUCUUAUCCAUAGAGGUUUUCAGGAGGCUUCUUCCAUUCUUAACCAUACUCCUUUAUCGAUUCUUGUAGCAUAUGCUUUUGCUGUACGAUGGCAAAUGAUUGUGUUAUUUGAUAGUAGAUAAACUUAGGGACUCGUAGAAAGGUUUAAUCGGUUAAUUGCUGUCACAGGCUUUAAUAAAUUGAGCCCCCCGUCAGUUGACAUGUGAGUGGAAUCUUAUCGAUGUUAUAAUUUAUCGUUGCAACGGUGCAAAAUGGUUUCUCGAUAACCAUUUUUAACAACAAAUUGAGCGUUAGAUUCAUACUUUUAUAGUUUAAUAAUAUGCGGGGUAUUUAGAUGGCGGUAAAAACGAGAUUUUGAUAUGAUGUAAAUAAGUUUAAUGUGGACUCGUAGUUAAAUUACGACUGAUGGAUUGUUUAUAUCUGUUGAUUGUUAUUGAUAGCAUCCUUACACCAUUACACCGAA